AUGGCUGUUGCCCUAGUAUUAAUGGUGAUACUGCCUGGACCUCCUCAAGCCGAGGCAGCUCGCGCUUUCUUUGUGUUUGGAGACUCACUUGUGGACAAUGGCAACAACAACUACUUGGCCACCACUGCACGUGCCGAUUCUCCUCCCUACGGAAUUGAUUUCCCGACCCACCGCCCCACCGGCCACUUCUCCAACGGUUUGAACCUCCCUGACCUGGUCAGUGAACAAAUGGGAUCAGAGCUACUCUUGCCAUACUUAAGCAGUGAGCUUACCGGACAAAAGCUGCUUACUGGUGCCAACUUUGCUUCUGCUGGAAUUGGAAUCCUCAAUGAUACUGGGGUUCAAUUUGUCAACAUAAUAAGGAUCUUCAAGCAGUUUGAGCUGUUCCAGCAAUACCAACAACGAGUGAGUGCCCUAAUCGGAGGAGCUCAAGCCAAGAGGCUAGUAAACGAUGCUCUUGUCCUUGUAACUCUUGGCGGCAAUGACUUCGUUAACAACUAUUUUUUGGUACCCUUCUCUGCAAGAUCCCGCCAGUACUCUAUUUCUCAGUACUCCCAGUACCUCAUCUCCGAGUACCGCAAAAUUCUUCUGAGGCUAUAUGAAUUAGGAGGGAGAAGGGUGUUGGUGACUGGUACAGGUCCAUUGGGCUGUGUUCCGGCCGCGAUGGCGCAGAGGAGUAGGAAUGGUGAAUGUGCACCAGAGCUGCAAAGGGCAGCAGCCAUCUUCAAUCCCUUGCUUGUACAGAUGGUUCAGGGACUCAACGCACAGCUUGGUACUGAAGCUUUUGUUGCUGCAAAUGCUCAUGCAAGUAUGGACUUCCUCAGCAACCCCCGGAAAUAUGGCUUUGUUACAUCAAGGGUGGUAUGUUGCGGGCAAGGACCGUACAAUGGGGUGGGACUGUGUACCCCGUUGUCGAAUCUGUGCUCUAACCGUGAUGUCUAUGCAUUUUGGGAUCCUUUCCAUCCAUCCGAAAGGGCGAACCGGCUGAUUGUGCAGACAAUGAUGACCGGAUCUAGCAAGUACAUGAACCCUAUGAACCUGAGCACCAUCAUGGCCAUGGACUCCAGGAACUAG